AAGCCACUCGCUGCCAUUCCCAUCCCUCUCACGACCUUAACCUAACGUAUAUCAUCGUCAUUGCAUUGUUUCCAAUCAUCCAUCAAUAUGCGUGCUAUUCAGGUCAAAGAAUAUGUCAAGGGGCCUCUGGAUCUACAAAUCACUACACUUCCUACCCCAGCCCCAUCCCCCAAUGACUACCUAAUUGAGAUUCACUCAGCGGGUACCAACUUCUUCGAUCUCCUUCAGAUACAAGGAAAAUACCAACACCAACCUCCACUCCCGUGGAUCGGAGGUGCCGAGUUUGCCGGAACUGUUCUAGCCGUGCCAACGUCCAAAUCCGCCUUGCAAGCGCGCUUCAAAGUCGGCGAUCGUGUCUUCGGCGCCACACAGGGGGCCUACGCUACCCACAUCCUCGCCCCUGAGCAUACUCUACUCCCUGUCCCGGAUGGGUGGAGUUUUGAUGACGCAGCUGGACUCUUCGUCACUGCACCUACCUCGUACGGCGGUUUAGUGCACCGAGCAAACGUGCAGCCAGGGGAUUGGGUCCUCGUCCAUGCUGCUGCCGGUGGGGUCGGAUUAGCUGCUGUGCAGAUUGCGAAGGGUAAAGGCGCGACGGUAAUAGCAACUGCUGGCACAGAACGCAAAAGGCAGAUCGCACGAGAGUUCGGGGCUGACCAUGUCAUCGACUAUCGAAAUGCGGGCUGGCCUGAAGAAGUGAAGAAGCUGUGUGCGCAACAUCGAACUGGCAAUGGGAAGGCAGGUGUGGACAUUGUUUAUGAUCCUGUGGGCAUGAUCGAUGCCAGUUUGAAAUGUGUCGCAUGGAAUGCACGCCUACUAGUUAUUGGGUUCGCAGCGGGCAAGAUCGAGAAAGUCGCGCUGAAUCGGGUGCUUCUGAAAAAUGUGAGCAUUGUGGGGCUGCACUGGGGGCAGUAUGCCAAGUUUGAGAAGGGCACCGUCGGCACUGUUUGGAAUGGGAUCUUUGACCUCGUGGCUCAAGGCAAAUUUAAGGGGACAGCUUUUAAGGAUGAAAGUUUUGUAGGGCUAGAGAGUGUACCCAGGGCAUUGCAAGCGCUUGGAGGAAGGGAAACCUGGGGUAAAGUGGUUGUUAAGGUUAUUGAUGAAGCAAGGAGUAAGUUGUAAGGAUGAACAGCUACUACUAUUUGCGUGUAGUAUAG